UGAGUGGCCUUGCUUUAGAGAUCGUGUUGCGCAACAUUAUUUUCUCACUUUUUAAGUAUUUACUCAAUAAAAUAAAUAUAUUUUUCCUCUUCUUCCUUCCUUCUCUCAAUUGACCUCGGUAUAUUCCGCCUUGCUUUUCGAUUCCAUCUGCUUUUCUUUUAAUUUUUUUUUCUAGAGAUAUUUUUCUGCUUGUUGAUUUGUUCCUUAAUCCUUCUUUAGAUUUACUCAGAUUUUUGUAUAUAUUACAUACUCAAUUUCAGCCUGUCAUACUUGAAUAUAUUGAGGUAAAGAGAGAGAGAGGGAGAAGAAGAUAACACUUAAAUCGGCAAAUUAAUUUGUACCAACUUCUCAUUUUUUAUUCACUUAUUUUCUGCUUAUUUUUGAUAAGAGGGAAAAGAGAGAGAGAAAAUUGCUUUCUAAAAAAUUUAGAGUUAAAAAAUUUUAUUUGGAAAUUUAUAGAAGAAUUUGAAAUUUAUUUGAAUAGAAACUUCAAAACUCUACUUAUUAUUUAAGAAUUCCCUUCAUGUGUGCUUUUAAGAAUUAUUUUAUUGAGGAAAACAUUAAUUAGACAAUUUUAAAAUUAAAAAGGAAAUCAAAUUUUUAAAAAUAUAUUUUAGGCAGUCCACGGCAAAUUAAUGCCUUCAACCUCCCUUUAUUCUUUUCAACAAGAGAAGAGUGUUGGGGAAGUGGAUGAUGAAGAUACGGACGAAGAUGAUGAUUCUGGUUUGGGGACAACAAAUUCCUUAAUAACAACAACAACAACUUCCCCAUUAAAUCAACAACAACAGCAACAAUUUUGGAGAAAACAACAACAAAAUAAUUAUUUAAUACAAGAACAACAACAACAAUUUCAAUUAAUUCAACAACAACAACAUUCACAACAACAAUUUUUAACAACUUCCAAUACUCCUUUUACUUUAUUUACUUUUUAA